CAAGUAAUUGUCAACAGUGCAGGGCCCCCCCCAUUGAGUUUUCCAGUUGCAUUCUACCUCCAGCCUCUAGAUUUUAGUUCUGCUCUUAGAACCCAACGUUCCAGUCGAUCGCGACAGUCGAGUGAGUCCGGCUGCAAGGUGAUGAAGCUCCAUGAUGACUCUGCCAUGGAAUCACAUCGCAACCCUUCUUGUCUUGCCCUGGCUAUUGGAGUACUCAAUGGUGAUUAGCCAGACGGACACUGGCAAUGCGCUGAACGAUAUGCUCGAGAUCUAUCGUCGCGGACAGGCGCAAUUGGAUCUGGAGAAUCUGGACGAGAGUCAGGAUCUAUUGGCGAAAUAUGAUUUCAUUGUGGUUGGAGCGGGCACAGCUGGUUGUGCCCUGGCCGCACGACUCUCGGAGAAUCCACGGUGGCGUGUGCUGCUCCUGGAGGCCGGUGGUCCCGAGAACUAUGCCAUGGACAUACCCAUUGUGGCGCAUCUCCUGCAGCUGGGCGAGAUCAACUGGAAAUACAGAACGGAGCCAUCGAAUAGCUAUUGCCUGGCAAUGAACGACAAUCGCUGCAAUUGGCCCAGGGGCAAGGUGAUGGGCGGCAGUUCGGUGCUCAACUACAUGAUGUACACCCGCGGCAAUCGCAGGGAUUACGAUCGCUGGGAGGCACUGGGAAAUCCGGGCUGGAGUUUCAAGGAUGUGCUGCCGUACUUUAAGAAAUACGAGGGCAGCAGUGUGCCGGAUGCUGAGGAAGAUUAUGUGGGUCGCAACGGGCCGGUGAAGGUCAGCUAUGUGAACUGGCGUUCGAGGAUCGCCGAAGCCUUUGUCGAUGCUGCCCAGCAGGAUGGCCUGAAGUACAGGGACUACAAUGGACGCAUUCAGAAUGGUGUGGCCUUUCUGCACACCACCACACGCAAUUCCACACGAUGGAGCUCCAAUCGUGCCUAUCUGUAUCCGCUGAAGGGCAAGCGCCGCAAUUUGCAUGUGCGAAAGAACGCGCUGGUGACCAAGGUGCUGAUCGAUCCGCAAACCAAGACGGCCUAUGGCAUUAUGGUUCAGACCGAGGGACGCAUGCAGAAGAUCCUGGCCAGACGGGAGGUGAUUGUCUCCGCCGGCGCCAUCAAUACACCGCAACUGCUGAUGCUGUCGGGCGUGGGACCAGCGAAACAUCUUCGCGAGGUGGGCAUUAAGCCAGUGGCUGAUCUGGCAGUGGGUUACAAUCUGCAGGAUCACACGGCGCCGGCGGUUACGUUUACCACCAAUGCCACCUCUUUGAAAUUCGAGGACUUCUCCGAUCCCACGCUGAUUAACCGAUUCAAUAGGAUGGAAGGACCAUAUGGAUCACCCGGUGGCUGUGAGGCGAUUGCCUUCUGGGAUCUGGAUCACGAACGCGACGAGGAUGGCUGGCCAGAUAUUGAGCUCUUCCUGGUGGGCGGUUCCAUGUCCUCCAAUCCCGCCAUCUCGCGUGCCUUCGGCCUGAAGAAGGUCAUCUACGAUACACUGUUUGCCGAGAUCGAGGACAAAUCACUGAAUGCCUUCAUGAUCUUCCCGAUGAUAUUGCGCCCAAAGAGUCGCGGUCGCAUCAUGCUGAAGAGCAGUGAUCCCUUCAAGUAUCCCCUGAUCCAUGCCAAUUACUUUGCCCAUCCCUACGAUGUGGAUAUCUCGGUGCGGGGUCUACUGAAGGCCAUCAGUCUGAUGGAACAACGUGGCAUGCAGGCGAUUAAUGCCCAGUUGUGGGAGAAGAAGAUACCCACAUGCAAGCAGCAUCCCUACAAGAGUUGGGCCUACUGGGCCUGCUAUGUGCGUCACUUCACCUUCACCAUUUACCAUUAUUCCGGCACCGCCAAAAUGGGUCCCAAAUCCGAUCGCGCUGCCGUGGUGGACCAUCGACUCCGUGUGCAUGGCAUCAAGAAUUUGCGAGUCGCAGAUGCCAGCAUUAUGCCCGAAAUCAUGUCCGGCCAUCCGAAUGGACCCGUCUUCAUGAUCGCCGAGAAGGCGGCUGAUAUGAUCAAACAGGAUCAUGGUUUUAUCCAGUGAAAUUAAGCUCAUUUUAGGCCAAAGUUGAUUCCACAAUCAGGUGUAAGCCCCAUUUACACUGGCCUACCAUCAAAUCAUCUCGUUAAAUCACACCUUAAAUGUAGUGGCCAGUGUAAAAUGGGGCUUAAGUUUUAGUUAAGAUCUUCGAAAAAUUGUUUGUUAUUAUCUGUAGUAAUUGUUUCUUGCCUGAACUGAUUCUAGCUUAAGAUUUAGCUAUAUAAGCAACAUAAGCAUAAAUAAAUGAAUAUAAGUUUUGUAUGUACUAUAAACAUAAA